AGGAAAGAAAGAACAGCUAGAGAUAAAUGGAAAGAGACAGAAUGAGAAUGAAAGAAUGAGAGAGAGAGGAUGUGGUUGAAGGCGACUUAGUCCUAUUCCAAUUUUUCAAUUAUUUCACAUGUUUUUGAAAACAGCUUUCUGCUCAUAGCAUUUCUGAUAGCACCCAAAGACCUCUCUACAUUCCAGUAAUUUGAUCUGUUUGUGUGUAAAAGCCAUGGAAAAGGAUUCAAGAAUUAACUAAAAAUAUUAAAGUGGACCUUCAGGAUAUCUCUUCUGAUACGUCUUUAUCUUAUCAUCCCGCCCUCUCGUCGCCUGCAGAAGACAUCUGGAAACUCUCAUCCGACCUUGUCGUUCAGAAGUGGCACUCAUGUCUGUCAAGUCACACUGAUAGUUCAAAUCAUCAAGUUGGGUGAGGUGGGUGAGCUUUCCAUGUCUUCGUUUAAAUUCCCAACUAAUCAUCUUCCCUUUCCAGCUGAGUGGUAACUGGGUGAAGGUUAACUGUGGCCUUUAGACAAGACUAAGUAAACUGAGGAAGCUGUCACAAGAUGGGUGAGACAAGACAUUCCCAAGACUGUGUUGAGGAGCUAAGGCGGGAGAGGGCCCAAUGCUCCUUUAACAUGGAAGAAUUGACAAACUUCUUGGACGGAAGGAAGCAGUUGACAAUUCGACGAAGAGAAAUUGAACAGCUGAUGUGCACUGACCCAGCUUUUAUAGAUGAGGUUCCUAUUGAGUACCUAAGCCACGAAGAACUCUACAGUAAUGAGUUACGCAAGGUUACACACCUGACCAAGAAGAUGGCAGACCUAAACAUUUCCCUAAGAGAGCUGAACUCAACUAUGGCCCUUGAACUUCUGAGAGAUGGCAACCCUCUUGGCCUCCAUAUGUCCAUGUUCUCCGAUGCACUGCAAGGCCUGGCAUCCCCUGAGCAACAGCAAAAGUGGGUCAGCAUGAUUGUCAAGAACAAAGUGAUUGGAACAUAUGCACAGACUGAGAUGGGUCAUGGCACUUUCCUAAGAGGACUGGAAACAACGGCAACCUAUGAUUCAAAGACCCAGGAGUUUGUGCUUCACUCACCCACCAUCACCUCAACAAAGUGGUGGCCUGGAGGAUUGGGCAAGACAUCUAGUGUGGCUAUUGUGAUGGCUCAGCUGUACACCCAAGGCCAGUGCCAUGGUCCCCACCCCUUCUUUGUGCAGCUGCGAGACCUCAACACCCAUCGCACUCUGCCUGGAGUCACCGUCGGGGAGAUCGGGCCCCGCCUCGGCAUUAACAGCCAGGACAACGGCUUCCUAAGUUUUAACCACUUCCGCAUCCCUCGCACAAACAUGCUCAUGAAGCAUUCCCAGGUCACUGAGGAUGGUACGUACAUCAAGCCAAUCCACCAAAAACUUUCUUAUGGAACAAUGGUGCAGACUCGUGUGGGAAUUGCCUUUAUGUGUGCCAGAAAACUAGCUUGUGCUGUCACCAUAGCCACCCGAUACUCUGCAGUGCGCCAUCAGUCAGAGCUUAUUCCAGGGGAGCCAGAGCCACAAAUCCUGGAGUACCAGACUCAACAGUACAAGUUACUGCCCCACAUCGCCUCAGUGUUUGCUUUUAUUUUUGCAAGCAGGAGUCUGUUGGAAGUGUAUCACAAAGUAACAGCAGAUAUUGGAAAGGGAAAUGUGAAUUAUCUGCCUGAGCUUCACUCACUGUCGAGUGGAUUGAAAGCUGUCAGUUCUCAAGAUAGCACUUUGGGUAUAGAGACAUGUCGCCUGGCCUGUGGAGGGCAUGGAUACAUUGCAUCAUCAAGGCUGCCUCUUCUGUACACAAGUACAACCUGUGCCAUCACCUAUGAGGGCGAGAACACUGUUUUGUAUUUGCAGGUAGCCAGGUACCUCAUCAAAUCAUACCAAGCAGCCAUGAAGGGUAAGCCAGUAUUGCCAUCGGUCUCAUACCUCUGCACACCACCAGCCAUUCAGCGGACAAACUCACUUUCCAGCAAAGAUUUGAAAGAAGCCUUCAGGACAUCCUCAGCUUCUCUGGUGAAGGAGGUUGAGGCCCGCCUUCAGAAGCUGUGUGACAUGGGCCAAGAUUUUCCUCAUGCCUGGAACUCUUGCUCAGUGUCACUAGUUCAUUGUGCUGAGCUUCACAUCAGGUAUUAUAUAUGCGAGCAGUUCCUGAGGACAGUAGAGAGUGUUACUGUGAGUGAAGGGGUGAAGAAUGUUCUGCUGGGUCUGUGUCGCCUCUACCUGAUCCAUAAUGCGAUCCUAAACCAAGGACACUUCCUAAGGAGUGGGGCCUUAAGUGAGGCAGAGCUUUCUCUGUUGGAGGAAGAAAUGUGUGAGUUGCUGGCUGAACUCCGAAAGCAAGCAGUUCCUUUGGUUGAUUCCUUUGACAUCCGUGAUGAACUGUUGGGCUCCACACUGGGUGCCUGGGAUGGGCAAGUGUACCAGAGGUUGUAUGAUGAGGCUCUCAAAAGUCCCCUCAACAAGACUGAUGUACCCAAGGCUUACUACCAAUACCUGCGCCCCCUCUUGAAAUCUAACCUCUAGAAUUAAGGUCAGUUGUGUUUCCCUAAAUCUGACUCACAUUUUUUUCUCUGUUCUGGUCAUGGUGUAAAGGGUUGGCAUGUGCAUGUCAUAGACUUUGGAAGAAUGUUUAUUGUUAAGUCACAGUAGAAAAUUCAUAUAUAUUUUCUGACUGCAAAAAGGAAUUAUGUGUAGUGGAACUGUUUCAUGGCCUUAGUAUCUGUAGUAGUGCAUUCAUAUAUGUUUCCUGACAUUAUAUAUAUAUAUAUAUAUAUAUAUAUAUAUAUAUAUAUAUAUAUAUAUAUAUAUAUAUAUAUAUAUAUAUAUAUAUAUAUAUAUAUAUAUAUAUAUAUAUA